UGCUAGCAUCAUAGUGAUCGGAAUGCAAGCGUUUGAUCUCUCAAAUCUCAGCCAUUUAUCAAACUUAGAUCGAGCUGUGUAUAGCCGUUCUCGGUGAAAUGGCCUAUGGGUGCUGCACGCUGCAGAAGCAUGAACCUGAGAAUGCUUCUGCCGGUGGGGCAGCGAGGUGGUUUUUGUGACAAUCGGGGUGAUCGCAAUGGGCUGACGAUGGAUGAUACUGUGGAUGAUGACUUGAAUUACUCUACGGCUACUCCUACAUCUACAUUACGCUUACUCCUAAUGCGGGUAGAAAAAGCAACGCCGUGCGAUCCACAUUGGAAGCCGGUCAAUGACCGAGGAGCAGUUCCGGGAAUGGCUCCGGCACAUCGACCAGAACAAGGAUGGCCGAAUAAGCAAGGAGGAGCUGAACGCAGCAUUGAAAACCCUUGGGCUCAGAUGCAAACGGUUGAGGGCAUGGUGGGUGAUGAAGAAGAACGACACGGACAAAAGCGGCUACAUCGACACCGAGUCGGAGAUUCGGGCCCUGAUGGAGCAUGCUAGGAAGCACUGGGGCAUUGAUAUCAGGUCAAAGUAGUCAAGUAGGAGUUGCUACAAGUAGCUACCUUGUUUU